GCACUCUCCCCAGAAGACAAGCGCCGUGCUGCUGUUCACACACCAGCUCCGAUCUCAUUCACUCCGAGUUCUGCUUAUAUACCGAUGUCAUUAAGUGCAUAUUCUUUUUUCUAAAUUCUUAAACAGCUCGUUUAAAGAUGUUGGCGUGCACCGAGAUGAUCACGAUGUGUCUCCAGUCGGCGAAGCGCGAGCAUCUCCGCUCCAAACAGCAGCAGCAUCAGAUGCAGGAUGCGGUUCACGGACUGUCCAUCUUUCACGAUAUUUUCCGCCGAGCUGACAAAAACGAUGACGGGAAACUGUCCUUCGAGGAGUUCAAAGCCUACUUUGCAGAUGGGAUACUGACAACCGACGAGCUGCGUGAGCUUUUCUACUCCAUCGAUGGACGGCAAACCAAUAACCUCGAUACAGACAAACUAUCAGAUUACUUUUCCAAGCAUCUUGGAGAAUAUCUGGAUGUGCUUUCAGCAUUAGAGAAACUCAAUGUCGCCGUCCUAAAGGCCAUGGACAAGACGAAGGAGCAGUACCAGGGUUCGUCUGUUCUGGGGCAGUUUGUGACCCGUUUCAUGUUGAAGGAGACUUCCAGUCAGCUGCUGUCGCUCCAGAUGUCUCUGCAGUGUGCAAUGGAGGCUGUGGAGGCUCAGAGCAGCACCUCUCCGGUUGAAGUUAAAGUCCCGGAGCAUCUGGUCAUACAGAAGAACAACAGAAGAUGUGGCCGUCGAGUGCAGAAGAACAUGUGCCUGUCCCCGACUGAUCCGUACUCGGGCAUUCUCACUACUGGUGUUACAGUAGAUACAGACGAACACUGGUGCUCUCAGAUCAACAGACUGCAGCAGCUCAUCGACAAACUGGAGUGUCAGAGUCCAAAGUUGGAGCCGCUAAAAGAAGAUACACUGGCCAGCACAUACAAAUCAAACAUUCUUCUGGUGCAGAGACAGAUGAGCGUGACAGAGAACGGUCUCGAGGACUUCCAGAAGGCUCUGAAGACCUACGCAGACAUCACCACCAAUCAGAACGACAACCUCCAUGUUUCCAUCCAGAAGCUUCCUGAGAAGAGCUGCUACAUCAUCUAUGAGUUCUGGCAGGACCGUAUUUCCUGGAUGAGUUAUUUGCAGUGUGACGCAAGUAAGAUGUUGCAGCGCUGCAUCAUAGACAUGCUGGAGGAUCCAGAGAUCGUCUCCACGAUGCUCAUGCCAGCGUCCUGGUGGAUCAUGACAAACAACUAACAGCAGCAAGAGAAAACACUGCUGAAAAAUGACUCUGUUGUGUCUCUGAAUUAAUAAUAGACCUUAAAAAUCAGACGAAUCAUCUGUUUUCGUGUUGCAUUUUAUUGAUAACGUCUGUCUGAUAGUUCACUGAAAACAAAACAUGUUACACAGGGUUGUGCAUCAUUCAGAACUGAAUUCAGAAUUUAUCCAAAUUUGCAAACAGGAAGCAAAAAUGUUUGAAUUCAGAGAAAACGUAAAGAAAUUUAUAUAAAUUCUGUAAAAGUAUUUAAAAUAAUUUCAUUAUUUUAUCAUGUUUAAUUAUUGAGCUAUUUAAAUUUAGAAUUUAGAGAAAAAAAU